UGCUUCUCUCCUCUUCUUCAUUACUUCGCAACUUUUGUUUUAUUCAGAUCUGAUUCAAACAGAGACAGAGAGAGAGUUAGCUAAAGAGGGAGAGAGAAGAUGAGCGGAGGCGUAAAGAUAAUCGGAGGAGGGAAGAAAAGCUAUAACGGGGUAUCAGAUAUCCCGUCAGGGUCGAGGAAGAUGGUACAGAGCUUGAAAGAGAUUGUCAACUGCCCUGAGCCUGAGAUCUACGCCGUCCUCAAAGACUGUAACAUGGAUCCUAAUGAAGCCGUCAAUCGCCUCCUCUCCCAAGAUCCUUUUCACGAGGUUAAGAGCAAAAAGGAUAAGAAGAAAGAGGUUAGGGAUAUACAGGAUUCUCGGCCACGAGGCUAUAGUAACGCUUACAACCGUGGGACUAGAGGUGGUUCUGAUCGUUAUUCUGGACCUCGACGAACUGGACCUUCCUCCUUCAACUCUACUGAGUCGGGAAGUUUCCAAGGAAAAACUGCGAACAAGAGAGAGAGCGAGAAGCAGACAUAUGGAGGUUCUGGAGUAGCAUCGAGCCACCAUCAGAUAUCACACAGUGAUUCUGCUGCUGUGGACAGUAAAACGCCAAACGUUAGUUCGGGUAGUGGAAUACCAUCAUCACAGCCUGUUUCGGUACAGCAACCUGCAUGGUUUGGAGCUGCAGGUCAAAUGUCUAUGGCUGACAUUGUGAAGAGGGGUAUACCUCAUAACAAGUCAACCAACUCUCAGAAAAAUGUUUCUGAGCAUGAAAGUGCUGCAAGUCAACAUGUAGCUGUAAAAGAUCAAUGGCCCUCGAUUGAGAAGCCAAUGGCUGCUAGCACUUCUUCUGUACCGGUGGCACCAACUGAGCCAGAGAUACGUAAUGGUCCAGAAGAUUUCCAGUCCAGUGGAGGAGAUCAACAACUGAAGGGCCACUUAGAAGAUACACGUUUAGCAGAAAAUGGUCCCUUUGGAAAUAUUGGAAGAGAUCAUGUGCAGGCUGACACUGUCGCUGGUGGAGUUGUUCCAGAAGAUGAAUGUGGAGUGUCAUCUGAGUUUGAUGAUCAUCCAUACGGACACCAAACACAGGACCAUCCUGUUGAGCACCAGAAAGAUGAAGAUAAUGUCUCGUCUGUUGCUGCCAACCUUCAAGAAUUAAGCAUAGAGAACCAUGAUAAAUACUCCUCUCAUGAGGAGGAUAAACCUACUGUCUUAAUUCCAGAUCAUCUGCUAGUCUAUUCAGAAGAGUGCUCACAGUUAAGCUUUGGAAGCUUUGGAUCAAGACCUUUGAACAACAACUUAGAAGAAGCAGCUGAUGUAGCUCCACAGAUUGAACGUGCUGAUGCCAGAAAUACCGAGUUUUAUGGAGAUGAACAACUAGGAAGCACGUCCCAUGGAAAUAUGGUCCAUGCGUCAAAUGCAGAAAAUUAUGAUGAUUCUUCAGAAUCUCAGCAAGAAGCUUUGUUGCCAGAGAACCCCGGAACUGCUCAUCCGCAGAACCAGUAUUCGUUUGCUCAAUCUGAUCAAGAGUAUGCAUAUGAAAAUGCCAAGCAGCAGACGAAUACUGAAUUUGAUGCCUCACAGACAUGCAUGCAGAAUCAGAUGCAGAAUCUUGCUUCAUUGUCAAAUGUGAUGCAAGGGUAUUCAAAUGCUACUCCAAACCCUCUAUUGCCACAAACAGCACAAACUGCGAGGGAGCUUGAGCUUCAAUACUCAACUUUCCCAGGGGCUCAGUCUAUGCCAUCAAGAAGCAAAGAUUACUCACUAAGUGACCAAAGCAUUUCUAUGCCAGAGAGAGAUGGUGGUGGUAUUCAAACAACACAGCCAAGCCAGCAGCAGAACUUACCCGGUGCCAAUGUUGCUACUGGGCCAGCUCUUCCUCAAGCACCUCAACAGCUUCCAAUGCAUCCAUAUUCUCAGCAUACUGUGCCUCUAACUCACUUUGCCAACAUGAUCAGUUACCCUUUGAUGCCUCAAGGCUACCCAUACAUGCCAUCGGCUUUCCAGCAAGCAUUUUCUGGUAAUAGCUCAUUCCACCAGUCACCGGCGGCUUUGCUUCCACAGUACAAAAACAACAUAUCCUCCAGUAAUUUGCCUCCGUCAGCAACUUCUGCCCCUAUCUCCUCCGCAUAUGGGUUUGGGAAUUCAAGCAAUGUUGGAGCCGGAAACUUCUCCCUUAACCAACAACAACAACAACAAGCAUCCCCUACUGGUGCAACACUAAGUUAUGAAGACAUUAUGAGUCUACAAUACAAACAGAACAGCCAUCUAUUGUCACUUCAGCAACAACAACAACAACAACAGCAGAAUGAAAACUCGCCUGUAUGGCUUCAUGGACCUGGUUCUCAAACAAUGUCGAGUGUCCAGAGCAAUGCGUACUACAACCUUCAAGCACAACAGCAAGCUCAGCAACUUCGACAAGCUCAGCAACAGGCGCAUCAGCAAUAUGGGUCGCUCGGUUACCCAAACUACUAUCAGUCACAAACCGGCAUGUCGAUGGAGCACCAACAGCGAAACCCAAGGGAAGGUGGCGCGCAAGGCGGCCAGCCCUCAAAGCAAACAACGCAGCAGCACCUGUGGCAAAACUCUUACUAAGCGGUUUCUGUCCGCUCAAACCCCAUGGUUUUAUGUACUACUAUAAAGCUGAUAACCGGUUAUACAGGUUAUCGGUUAUUUGAGUUGUUGGGUAGGGAGAGAGGGAAGAGGACGGGUCUCCACCAUGUCUCUGUGAGUGUAUUUAUCAUCUUCUGUUAACUUAGGGAACAAGCAAAAACUCUAAUCUUGAUCAAUAGAAAACAAAACAAAAGUUCCCGUGACUGUUGUCUUUGCUUCUGUGCUCCUCCUUGUAUAAUAUCUUUGUUUUCUGUUUUUACAGUUUUCGACUUUUUAUGGAUUCAAUUCUAAUGGGGUAAACAAAACGCUCAUAACCAUACAAUAAGAUAUACAUAUAAAGGUCACUGCGUAUAAAAG